AUGAUUCCAGAAGAGAUUUGCCUUGAAAUACUGAUAAGAUUGCCAGUCAAAUCUUGGUUUUCUCUAAUUUCUAAACCUAAUUUUGCUAAAUUGCAUCUUGAUAUUGCUGUCGCAAGAAAAAAUAGUAGAAGUCUAAUUGUUAGAGGCCAGAAUGAGUUAAUCUACUCUAGGGUUUAUGAUGAUUCAUUAAAAUCAAUUAGUGAAAUUGGAGAAGAUUUUGUUGUUGGAAUUGAAGAUCACCCAUUCAAAUCUUCAGGUUUUAAAAUUAAAUUAGUUGAGUCUUGCAAUGGUCUUGUUUGUCUUAUGUUUUAUGAUGAUGUCUGGGGGAGUUCUAUGGUGGAAGACAUUUUCUGUGUUUGGAACCCAGCAACUAAAGAAUUCAAGAAGAUACAUUCUCAGUUGUCAAAUUCAUUUGAAAUUUGCGUAUAUGCUUUCGGUUAUGAUUGCCAAAAUGACGACUAUAAGUUGUUUCGUCUUGCAUUUGGUGGUAGAGUUAGUGUUUAUACAGUAGGCUCAAAUUCGUGGAAAACCAUUUCAGCCGGAAAUUAUAUUUGGUUAUCUUAUGGGAAUGAGGUUGAUGAGGUUGGUGUUGAAGUCUGGGUAAUGCAAGAUUAUGGAGUUCUGGAGUCUUGGACUAAACGUUAUGUUAUCACCAUUGAGAUAAUAACUGAUGGCCGUAGUUUGUCGAUUCUGUGGAAUUUUAAAGAUGGUGAGAUUCUGUUUAUGGAAGAUGGUGGGCUGAUAUUAUAUGACCCAAAACAUGGAAGUGCUAUUGAAAGAAAGUUAACUUGUUUAACAGGUGUCACAUCAGAGAAGAAGUAUAUAGAAACUAAUAGUGCAUCUGUCUCAUUUCUGAAUGGAGAAUGA